CGGCAAGCGUAUAGCCACAACCUAAUCUUCCACCUCCAUUCCCGUUAGUCCCUAAAAUAAAACAGUUACGGCAUUGGCCACAGACAGCUUCGUGACCUUGCCUUUCUACGCUCCUGACAGUCGUCGAAGGAAUUGCUAGUGAGAGUAAUCUUCAUCUCCCUGAAUUCUCCGUCAUAACGACUUGAACCUACGAAGCCGCCAGUUCCAGUGUUUUAAAGAAAGGCUCGUCAACGUCGCUGAGGCAUUGCUCAAGAAGAAACGGGUCUUCACGUUAGUGUCACAUCGCCGCCGCAUCUCUCCAGGAUCGACAGUGCUACUAAUAACGUAUUAGUAGCCGCAUCGACCAGCUUGCAGCAGCUCGCCCCCAUGGCGUGGACUGCUACGUGCGGCAGCGCGUCAACCACGCUUCGAUCCUCCUUUCCCACCGGCCGCCGCCUCUCCGCUCCCCGCGAACGCCCUGUCACGUUUGUCCCCGUGCGCCUCUCCCCGCUGUGCGGUACCCUCGUAGGGGAAAAAAGAGAAGUCCCCGUCGCCCGCCCCGCCCGCCCCAUCUCCCCUCGUCAGCUUGUGGGCGCAUCUGCGUGCAUUGCGGUGGGAAGGGGUAAUGGCGCGGGGGAAUUGAGCGGAGUGCGGGAGCGGGAACGGGAGGAGCGGCGCGCGGUGGACCGGUCGGAGCGGCUGAUGGAGAGCCCGUACGCGCCCGUGGAAUCUUCCAUGACGCCAUGCCCCGUCACCACUCUCGCCAACGCCCUACUGGCGGACAUUGUCGGGCACUUCGAACAUUUCACGGGGCUGCCCGUGGUGGACGGCGAGGGGCACUGCGUGGGCAUUGUGUCGGAGAUGGACGUGGCUCGGCGCCAGCAGGGCGCGCGGGCAACAAGCGCAGCGCAAGUCACUGUGGGGGACGUCAUGACUGCGCCAGCCAUUGUGAUCGUCCAGCACGCACCUGUGGCCUACGCAGCCGGCCUCAUGCAAAAACACAAGCUGCACCGGGUGCCAGUGGUGGACGACCAUGGCGUGGUGGUGGGCAUUAUCACGCGCACCGACAUCUACGAGCCCAUGCUGCCGCCCGUCAACGCCCUGCUGCACCACGCCACUGGCUUCAACCCCAAUGACUUCCCCAAUUUCUAGGGAGAGGCAUUAAACGAUGGUGACAGGAGUUGACUGGUGUGGUGGUGGUAUUAGGUUUGAGCAGAGCCGCAUUUAGUCUCAGCGAUUCAAUUGUUGCAAGGCAAGGCGGCUGGUGCCAGGUUGUUUACCUUGGUCUUCUUGUAUGUUCACAUUUGUAUAUAUGUGCAUAAUGUACAUUUCUCACGUCAACCA